CCGCAGCCAGCAUCUGGGACCGGCCGAUUCUGCACCUCCGUCCGGCGCUGCCCUUUGAUUCGGAUUUCCAUCUUGUAUUCUCCGGCGGACCGCGGGACCUGGCUCGUGCAGAGGAGGGGGGCCGAUCGCUAUGGAGUAUUUCAUGGUGCCCACUCAGAAGGUGCCCUCUUUGCAACAUUUCAGGAAAACAGAGAAAGAAGUGAUAGGAGGGCUCUGUAGCCUUGCCAACAUUCCAUUGACCCCUGAGACUCAGCGGGACCAGGAGCGGCGGAUUCGGCGGGAGAUUGCUAACAGCAACGAGCGGAGGCGCAUGCAGAGCAUCAACGCGGGCUUCCAGUCCCUCAAGACCCUCAUCCCCCACACAGAUGGAGAGAAACUCAGCAAGGCAGCCAUUCUCCAGCAGACGGCGGAAUACAUCUUCUCCCUGGAGCAGGAGAAGACCAGGCUCCUGCAGCAGAACACACAGCUCAAGCGCUUUAUCCAGGAGCUGAGCGGCUCAUCCCCCAAGCGGCGGCGGGCAGAGGACAAGGACGAGGGCAUCGGCUCGCCAGACAUCUGGGAGGACGAGAAGGCGGAGGACCUGCGGCGGGAGAUGAUCGAGCUGCGGCAGCAGCUGGACAAGGAGCGCUCGGUGCGCAUGAUGCUGGAGGAGCAGGUGCGCUCGCUGGAGGCCCACAUGUACCCGGAAAAGCUCAAGGUGAUCGCACAGCAGGUGCAGCUGCAACAGCAGCAGGAGCAGGUGCGGCUGCUGCACCAGGAGAAGCUGGAGCGGGAACAGCAGCACCUGCGGACCCAGCUCCUGCCCACUCCGGCCCCUACCCACCACCCCACGGUGAUCGUGCCGGCGCCAGCACCCCCUCCCUCCCACCACAUCAAUGUCGUCACCAUGGGCCCCUCCUCGGUCAUCAACUCUGUUUCAACAUCCCGGCAAAAUCUGGACACCAUUGUGCAGCCUCUUCCCCAGGCGAUCCAGCACAUCGAGGGCACCCAGGAAAGGCAGGAACAGGAGGAGGAGCAGCGUCGAGCCGUCAUCGUGAAGCCGGUCCGCAGCUGCCCCGAGGCCCACGCCUCCGACACUGCCUCCGAUUCGGAGGCCUCGGACAGCGACGCCAUGGACCAGAGCCGGGAGGAGCCAGUGGGGAACGGGGGGCUUCCCUGACCACCCCCCAGCCCUCCUCUCCCUUCUGGGGGCUGGAGGGGGCGGGGCAGCAACUGGGAGAGAUGACGGUGAACGAGUGAGGAAUUUUUACAAAAUUACGGCAUCAUUUGGGUCUCUUUUAUGACCUCUUUUUCAAUACUGUAAAUCGACCUUUGAGUGAAGCCACCCAACCCGAGGUCCGGGGCUGGGGCGGCAGGAGCGCGUGGCAGCACCGGGACACCUGGGGCUGGGCCUCGGCCCCGGAGGCUGGGGAAGCGGACACGGAGGUGCCUGGCCUCUCUCCGCCAAAAAGCAUUUUUUCAUUGAAACAUGUUUUUAAGAACAGGGAAAAUCAAACAAAACCCCAAGGUAUUUCUGCCCUCCCCAGAGCCAGCCCUACGACCGUCAGUUUUUAAUUCCCCCUUCCCUCCUCUUUUUGGUGUUCUUUCUUCUUUAAGCACUUACAUGGGUUGGGGGUCUGGCUGGGUUGGGGCUCUCGGGGUCCGGGGGUCUCUGUUGCUUCUCGGUUGGGGUUUGCUGCUGCCCUUCUUCCCUCCCCUCCCUGUCUCAGCACUAGGAAUCGCCACUCUCCACCACUGUCCGGCCCCCACCUCUCCCUCCAGGUUUCCCAUCUUACACCCCAAAAAAGUCUUUGUCUUUCUCUUUUUGUUUUGUUUGUUGUUGGUUCUUUUUUGGUUUUAGUUUUGUUUUUUUGUUUUUUUGUUUUUGUUUUUUUUUUUACAAUUUUGAGGUCUUUGUGUUCAAGGAGAAGCUAUUAUAUUUUGUUAAGAAAGUGGGGGGAUAAAACCAAGAGGCCACUGUGCCUUUAUAAAGAAACAAAAUAAAGUUUGUACUUUGUUUUUUA